AUGACAGACGCCAUGUUCACCACCAUCUGGCAGUCGAGGGAGCUGCACACCAAAAAGCUGCAGAGCAAGGACCUGAACUCCAGGGAACACAAGAAGUGUGUCUCAUUCCACAGAGUGUCCCAGCCCCUGCCUCACCACCCCCUGACUAUAAAGAGAUCCAAUGCCUCCACAAACCUGUCCAAUGUCAAUCUCUUGCCUCUAACCUCUAUGGAGUCAUCAGACAGCCAGAGCUCGCUGGAAAGUCUGGAGACAGACACCACCCUGGAAAAAGAGACAAGUGAAGGCUCAGCCACAGAACCACCUGGUGUACUGGAGAAGAACUACAGGUUCAAGGACAUUCUACAGCUUCCUGUUGGUCUAGGGGAGGAGAUCAGUGAGAGCCAGGACACAGUAACAUCUGCUGGUGGGGAGGGGAACUACACCAACGAUAAGGACACACCUCAGCCCAACCUGGAGGAGACUGCUAACAGCCUGGACCAGUUUCUCACUCUCAGACUCCCUCUAGAGGACGAGGAGGAGGAAGAGGAAUCCUCUGGGCCAAUGAAAGAUGAGGAGAGCUCCAGCACAGACACAGAGUUUUCAGAAAAUGAAGACGGGAAUGCCAGCAUUGUAACAGCACCCCCUGCUGCAAAGGAACCCAAAUACACACAGGAGAUAAAGGUGGGCCCAGAAUCUCUCCUUCCUGUUGAAAUCACUCACUGUCUGUUUGAGCUGGAGGAGGAGUGUAAAGGGGUUGAAAGAAUCUCAGAAGAUGUGAAAUGCAAGAUGCUGCUCAUUCACAGCAGUACCGUCAGCAUUCAGGUCGGCCCCAUAGGCUCCCGGGAUCCCCUGAAAACAGACAAAUCCUCUGAAUCUGCGGAGAAUCCUUGGAGGUGCGGCCUCAUGGACCGGGCCGUGCCCUCAGAGGAUGGAAAGGUUCAUAACCUGGAAAGAAUGAAGGAAAGAGAAUCCCAGUCUCCAGGAGCCGCCCUCAGAGAGGUCAGCUGUAUAAGUUCCCUGCAUCCCAUCCUUCGCCAUGCCUCGAACACCACCCUGCCCGUCCAAGCCCUGAGUGUGAACUGGCAGAGAGACAGUGAUGACUCCAUGGACAUGGUCUCUGAUCUCAGGGCAAGUCUGGAGAAACUGGUGUAUGAGUGUGCAGAGGAAAGGAAAGAGAGGCAAGAGACCAUGCUAGCACUUGGAGAGUUUCAGAACCAAUUCCAGGCCUUCAUGAAACAGUGGGAGAGUGCGCAGAGAGAGCAGGGCAGGAUCGCAAACUCACUGGAUGAGCUGAGAGAGGAGACACAGAACAUCUCUACAGUAGCUCAGAGCACUCUAUCUGUCUUCUCCCAGUUGGGUCAGGAGCUGGAGCACCUCUGUGCAGUAGGAACACGGGCCUGCAAUGUGUCCAGACAACUGCCCACUGCAAAACAGGGUGAGAAAGAGCUUCAGUGA